AUGACGUAUGGUGCCGAGACAUGGACGCUCACGCAGGAGACUGUAUUCAGAUUGAGAAUUCCACAGAGGGUCAUGGAGCGCUCCAUGCUCGGCAUCAGCCUUAUAGACCGAGUUCCGAACGUUGAGAUCCGACGACGGACGAAAAUCCAGGAUGGUGGAACUCGGAUCGUGGACACAUAUGUUAACCACUUGGACAUCGCGCCACCCCACGCCAGCGUGUUGAUGGGCCUCUCCAACACGGUGGCGACGAUACCGGGCAUCGUCAGCCCACCUUUGGCCGGCUCCAUUGUUACAAAUAAGACGGCAGAACAAUGGCGUAUAGUUUUCUUCUUGUCCAGCGCCAUCUAUCUUCUAGGCGCGGUAAUCUACUUCAUGUUCUGCUCGGGCGAGCGGCAGCCGUGGGUACGCGACGCUGAACCGCCGGCUUUCGACACCGACAACGCCUCGGUCACAACUGCGCCCGACAUCGGUAGGGGCUACGACAACAAGGCUAUGGACCACUCGGAGAUAUGAACACACACUUAACCACAUACUUAGUAGCUGGAAAACAUAAAUCAAUAAUCCUUAGCUGAAUAAAACAAUGCAAAACCGCCUUGAGUGAGGAGCAGAUAAAGUGGCGCCAUCUAUGAUUUAUACCGAACAUCUUAAUAAACGAUGACGGCGAUGUCAAGUAUGCGUUGCUAUAUAGAGGUGUAUGCCCUGUGUAAGUGAAAACUGUGGCCCUACCACUCGACCGUGUAGACGGAUUUAUCCAUUCAUGAAAAAACUACGUUGUAAAUCAAUUCUAUAAAAUUUAACAACAUAUUAUUAAAAAAAAAAUAUUUCUAAUACCUUUGAAUAUUAGUGCACAUAUCGUCACCUUACACUUUUUUCAUAUUUUUCAAAAGUA